AUGGCCAAGCAUAAUCUGGAUUUCCUUUUUACUGAUUGCAUCCUUCUGCUCUCAUCACCUCUGAACAACUCAAACUGUGAAGCAUGCAAUUGGGGUGGUUUUAUCAACAACUGUUGCAGUGUAGUUUUUGAUGACUACUUGGAUGCAUUAGGGCGUCAGGCCAACCAAACUGGACAAAUAUUCUUAAACUCCACGGAGCAGAAUAAGUGCUUGAAUUCAAUGAAGACUAGAGAUCCAAGUAUUUCGGACUGUGGCAUUGAACUAACCAGUGGAGCUGGCGGGUGCUCUGACUAUGCUGUCACAGAUGUUGAUACUAAGCUAGGAAAUAGAUUGAAAAUUUUUGGGGAAGGCUGUAAACUUUUGAAUUCAGAUGGAACAUCAAGUCAGGCUUGCUGUGAUUGUUUGAGAGGGUGGGAAGAGAUUGUUGCAGCAUCAGACAGUGGAAGGGAAUCGACAAAGCUUGAAGCUGAUGUUUGUAGGUUUGCAGCAUUGGUAACAUUAACAAGUAAUAAGAUUGAUGAUACGACAUGGAUUGACGCGGUUUAUGGCUGCCUUGGAGGGCACGCUCUUUCCAAAGGUGUAGUGGAUUGA